UGGAGUGGCAGAAAAUCCUGGAGUGUCACUGGCAAGAGGUAAGAGAAGCCUGCUCAGAGGAAAAACAGCAAGCCCUACCUCAGGCACUAAGUUGGAUUCCCUGAGCUCCACCUAAUGUUUGACUGUGGGUCUGUAUCUGUUUCCAGCAGUUUCUGGAUGAUGCCUCUCUGAUCUGUAAAAUAAAGGAAAACCAUGCAACAAUCCACAGAUCCAGAGAGACUAGCCACCCAGAAAGAAAAAGCCACAAUGUCCACAGUGGAAUUGAAACCUAUUAGUAAGCAGAGUGAGGACACCCUAGACAUGCAGGUGGACAAGAAGACCUCUUCCCAGAAAGUCCCGAGUUUGUGUGCCAUCCGCUACGGAAUAGCCCUGCUUGCACAUUUCGCCAACUUCACAUUUAUAGCGCAGAACUCCAUCAUCAGCAUCACUAUGGUCGCCAUGGUCAACAACACGGACCAAUCCCACGUCAAUAACUCCACCGAAGAGCUUCCCGGCGACUUGAAUGGUGACCAACAUGAAGCCUCAACGCAUCUUUCUGCAAAGGCCCCUGUGUAUAAUUGGAGUCCUCAAACUCAAGGAAUCAUCUUCAGCUCUGUCCAGUAUGGCAUGAUGCUGAUGCAGGGUCCUGGUGGAUUCUUGGCCGGGAAGAUAGGAACAAAGAAAGUGGUCGGAAUUGCUCUGCUCGGGUCUUCGCUGCUCACUCUCUGCAUUCCACCGGCUGCCAAUCUUGGACUAGGUGUGCUCCUGGCAGUGCGAGCAGUCCAGGGCUUUACCCAGGGCGCUGGCUAUGGGGGUCAGUUUGCACUCUGGCAGAGAUGGGCUCCUCCACAGGAACGCAGUCGGCUAUGCAGCAUCGCUCUGUCAGGAAUGGUAUUAGGAAUCUUUGUUGUCCUCCUUGUGGGUGGCGUCAUUAUCCAAGCCCUUGGAUGGCCCUUUGUCUUCUAUAUCUUUGGAGGUUUUGGCUGUGGCUGCUCCCUUCUCUGGUUCAUUCUGAUUUAUGAUGACCCUGCCUCUCACCCAUGGAUAAGCAGUUCAGAGAAAGAAUACAUCUUAUCCUCCCUUCACCAACAGAUCAGUUCAGAAGAGCAAUCACUUCCCAUAAAAGCCAUGCUCAAAUCUCUGCCACUCUGGACCAUGUGUCUUGGCACUACGACCCACCAGUGGCUUGUUAACACUUAUAUAGUAUACAUCCCAACCUACAUCAGUUAUGUGUUCAAAAUUAACAUCAGAGACAAUGGGUUCCUGUCUUCUCUUCCCUUUUUCAUUGGCUGGAUCGUUGGCAUCCUGGGAGGCCUGCUGGCUGACUUUCUUCUGAGCAAGAAUUUUAGGCUCGUAACUGUAAGGAAAAUCCUCACAGUUUUAGGAAAUCUUCCCUCAGCAGCCCUCAUUGUGUCUCUACCCUACAUCCAGUUCAGCUAUGUCACAACAAUUGCAUUUCUGACACUUUCCUGUGGGCUAGCCCCUCUGUGUCAGUCCGGAAUCUAUAUCAACGCUUUAGACCUUGCCCCAAGGUAUGCCAGCCUUCUCAUGGGAACAUCAAGAGGAUUGGCACAUUCAUCCGCUGUGCUGGUACCCCUUAUUGGUGGCUUUUUCCUCGAUCAGGACCCUGACCUCGGGUGGAGGAAUUUCUUUUUCUUAUUGUUUGCCAUUAGCCAGUGUGGCUUAAUCAUCUACCUCGUGUUUGGAAAAGCAGAAGUCCAAGAAUGGGCUAAGGAGAGGAUGAUGAGCCGUUUGUGAAGCUGCUCCACUUCCAGUAAAGACAUCAUGACACCUGCUGUUUCCUGUGUGAGAAGACUUCGGUCAAAAAUGACAUCAAGGUUCCCCGCCCCCUUUCAUUCAGACUACUUGUGAAGAAAUCUAAGAUGAAUAAAAGAUCAAGUAAAAUGACA